AUGGCCGGCGCCCAGGCGAAGCAGCGGCAGUGGCAGGGCGCGCUGCACCUCAUGGGCGAGAUGGAGGCCGCCGGGCGGCGGCCGAACGUCGUGACCUUCAACACGAUGGUCGGCUGCUUAUCGUCGUCCAGAUGUUGGGAGAAGGUGCUGUUGCUGCUCGCCGCCAUGCGGGGGCGCGAGUGCCACCCGAACGCCCUCACGCUGGGCGUCGCGGCGAGCGCCUGCGCGGGUGGCUCCCAGCCGGGCCGGGCCCUCGGCCUGCUGCGGGACCUGCUGCUCUCCGGCGCGAGGCCGGACGUCCGCGGCUACGGCGCCGUGGCAGCUGCCUGCGAGAGGGGAGCCCAGUGGGCACUGGCCUUGGAGGUGCUCCGGAUGGCAGUGGAGCAUGGCCCCGCGCCUGACGUGGUCCUGUGCAGUAGCGUCCUCAGCGCGCUCGAGAAAGGCGGGCAGUGGGUUCGGGCCCUGCACCUCCUAGCGGAGAUGUGGCGCAGCGGGCCCGCACCCAACGUGAUCACCCUCGGCGCGGCGCUGAGCGCCUGCGAGCGGGCCAGCCGUUGGGAGCACGCGCUGUCGCUCCUGGUGGAAUCCCCCGGCAUGGCACUCAGGCCAGACGUCAUCGCCUACAACGCCGCCAUCAGUGCCCUCGACAAGGGCCGGCAGUGGCAGUGUGCCCUGGAGGCGCUCAGGUGGUGCUCCUCUGGGGGCCUCAAGCCGGACGCGGGGAGCUACGGUGCCGCAAUCAAUGCGUGCGGGCGGGGCCUGCGCUGGCAGCACGCCCUAGACUGCCUGGAUCAGAUGCGCCUGGGCCGCGUGUCUGCCAACACCGCCGCUUACGGCGCGGUCGUCAACGCGUGCGACCAGGGCCAGCAGUGGCAGCGCGCCGUGAGCCUGCUGCAGCACAUGCGGGGCCUCCGCCUCGCCCCGGACGCGGCGGCGCACGCCGCCGCGAUGAGCGCGUGCGAGAAGGGCCGCAGGUGGGAGCACGCGCUCGCGGCGCUGGCGGAGCUCCGGCGCGGCCAGGCCGCGCCGAACUCCGUCGCGCUGACCACCGCCAUCUCGGCCUGCGAGGUGGGAUGGCACUGGCAGGAGGCGGUCGCCCUGUUCGGGGAGGUGCGGGCGCAGGGCUCCCCGCCGUCCGUGGUGACGUACGGCGCGGCGGCCAGCGCGCUGCACAGGGGCGCGCAGUGGGAGCUGGCGGUGGGGGCCCUGCUGGAGAUGCGGGCCGAGGGCAUCUCAGUCAACACGAUCGCGCUUAACGCGUCGAUCAGCGCGUGCGGGGCAUGCCUGCAGUGGCGCCCGUCGCUCGAGCUGCUGGGGGGCAUGGUGCGGGCCCGCGUUGCCUGCAGCUUGGUCACCUACGGCGCUGUCGUCGCAGCGUGCGCCGGCUCUGGGCGCCAGGACCUGGUCGGCCACAUUCGAUGGUCCUCAGGACGCGUGCUGGAGCCCAGCGUGUGCCGAUGGCGCGCAGCCAGUGUCGGCCUCCGUUGCGCCGCCUGCGCCAUACUGGGGGGCCCCGGUGGACAAGCGCAUGUUGGUGCUAUUUUUUUUCGCGGCGCCGGCGAUCGCGCGGCGCUGUCGAGGCCUAGGUUGGGUCGCAAUGCGACGGAUCUAUUGCCACACAGAGGCGCGGGCGAGACAGAGGGCGGCCGUAGAGGGGAGCGGGCGGCGCUCUCAGACCAUGCAGGCCUUGAGGCGCAGCGUGACGGCCGCGGGCUCCGGGUGGGAGUCGUGCGAGGUGGUCCGCUAACCAGCACAUGUUCCAAGGAUAGGCGGCACACCACUGGCAGAGCGAUAGUGUGA